UUCCGCGGUGUCUCCGGAAAAGCGCGCGUCGGUGUGGGGCUUGCGGCGGUCGGUGGUUGGCUGGGGGGAGAAUCUCCCCUUGCAAAGUGGUUGCCGCGGCUCGCUGUGUUUGUCAGUGCAUCGCGUGCGCUUCUCUGCGGUCGGAAAUCCUGCUUGUAGACGCUUCGCCGCCGAGGUGCGGGCGAAAAUUCAACGCGUGCGCUACACACGGGCGUGCACGGUUGAAAGGACCACGAGACUCGGGGAGAAACUGCAAGCGCAGAGCAACUUGCUACUCGGCGAUGAAGGCGUUGCGGCGUGGUUCCCGCGAGCCGCGCGCGGGGAUUCUUCGCUUCGACUGCUGCUCGUUCGGGGCCGCGCCGGGAAGCAGCCUCCGCAGCCGUCGCUGUGAUCCGAUGCGAUCGCGCUCGUGCGCGUCGUUUGACGAGUUCACGGAGAGCGUCCCUUGAAAGUGUGUGCAGUUGUAGCACGGCGUGCAACGUGCGUCGUGCCCGUGUGUUUCUCACUUGCCUUUCUUUUUCUUUCUUCUGCUUCUUCUCCGUGUGUGCGUGUGCGUGCGCGCGCGUGUGACAACCUGUGAUGCCCGGUGUCGUGGUGUUCAAGCGGCGCUGGUCCGUCGGCUCGGACGACUUCGUGGUUCCCGGGAUAUUCCUCUUACUUCUGCACACGAUAUGGCUGAUAGUGCUGGCGGUGCUGCUGUCGGUCCUGGACUUUGGCGCGCUGGCGUGCGUCUCGGACCUGCAGGAACACAUGCUGGGCUACUGCGUCAUACUCAGCGGCUGCGUCGUCGUCGAGGCCUGCAUCUCCUGGGUCUCCAUGCGCGGAAGCAUCUUAGACGCCGCGCCUCGGUCUUCCAUGCAGUACCUGCUCUACGUGCGCCUCGGAAUACUCUUGGUGGAGGUGUCCUGGCUUGUGGUGGGAGUCAUAUGGGUGAGCAAGCACUAUGACAGCUGUCCGAUGGGGGUCGCCAAGGACGCAAUUCUAGGCAUCAUCGUGUGCAACUGGUGCGUCCUGCUGAGCGUCCUGGUGACGGUGUGGUGCACCUUCGACCGCGCCGGCCGCACCUGGGUGAAGAUGAAGCGCUACCAGCGCAGCCUGCAGGACGGCAAGCUGCGCUACAAGAGGUCUGGAAACUCGCAGCGUAACUGGAGGCACCGGAAAGCUGUCCGUGAGUACCAAGAUAGUUGGAACAAGCGGUGCCGUCUGCUCUUCUGCUGCAUGGGGACCAAUGAUCGCAAUCGAAAUUCGUUCGCGGAGAUCGCCAAGCUGCUGUCGGACUUCUUCCGUGACCUGGACGUCGUACCUUCGGACGUGGUGGCCGGACUGGUGCUGCUGCGAAAGUUCCAACGACAGGAGCGUCUUAUCAUAGCGAAUCAGAAGGGCAACGACACGUACCAGUUUCUCUCCGGGGUCGCCGUCACUCCCGCCACCAGGUUCCUGGACGUGAAUCAUCCGAACGUCUGCGAGGCGGUCAUGGUCAUCACGCAUUACAUGCACUACGCGCUGGGUGUCUACGGCUGGCCUAUGUACAUGAUGACGCGUGGGAGCACCGGAUGCUGCCACCUCUUUCCGAGCCUCAGGUGUUGCUGCUUCCCAACGCGCAAGAAAAAGCGCGACCGGGCGCUCGUCGUGGAGGACAACUGCUGCUACUGCAACUACGCAGCACUCAGGUAUAUGGUCGACAACCACAACAUGGAGGUCGUCUACGUCACAUACCACGUGGACGUCGGUGAGACGCCAUUUUUCGUAGCCGUGGACCAUGAGAAGCGGACAGUUGUGGUCUCAGUACGGGGGACGUUAUCGCUUCAGGACGUGCUCACUGACCUGAACGCCGAAGGCGAGCCUCUUCCUGUCAAUCCGCCGCACGAGGACUGGCUGGGUCACAAGGGCAUGGUUCAGGCAGCCGAGUACAUUAAGCGAAAGCUGGUGGACGAAGGGAUUCUGUCGCAAGCCUUCAACUACAGCCUGGACAAAGGCACGACCCAGUACGACCUCGUUCUUGUGGGCCACUCCCUUGGUGCUGGGGCGGCCGCCAUAUUGGCCAUCCUGCUCAAACAGGACUUUCCCAACCUGCUGUGCUACGCGUACGCGCCACCUGGUGGACUCCUCAGCCUCCCCGCGGUCGAGUACAGCAAGACGUUCAUCACGUCCGUGGUGUUGGGCAAAGACGUCGUGCCCAGAAUAGGACUGCACCAGAUGGAGGCCCUGCGCACGGAUCUCAUCAAUGCUAUUAAAAGGAGCACCGACCCCAAGUGGAAAAUCAUCCUGGGAGGCGUUUUCUGUUGCUGUCCGGACGAGGUAGACUUCGACGGAUCUGGAGGUCCGACGUUAGCGAAUCGUGACGUCACCAGUCACCCCAGUGACGCCACCAUAGCCCUCACUGCCCACCAGCCGCUCUACCCACCCGGCAGGAUCAUCCACAUCGUGCGUAACCAUCCGAAGGACCAAACUUACGAGUCCAAGUGGAGGCGUGUCAUGCGCAAGAGUGAACCCGUGUACCAGGCCCUGUGGGCUGACAACAAGGACUUCGACCAGGUGCUCAUCUCUCCGGUCAUGAUACAGGACCACAUGCCGGACAAACUGCUCGACGCCCUCGAAAAGCUCCUCGUGAACAAGGGACCCGCCAAGCCCCAGCGCAAGAUGGCCAAGCCCGACCACGGUGUCGGGCCGGGGUCCGCGUCAGCCCAUGACCAGGGAUCCAGGGACGCGCUGCUGCUCGAGGACUCGCCCCGGAGUCGGUCCUCGGUGCCGCACUGCGUGGUGCUCGAGACCUCGUUCACCGACCUGCUACCGCCUUCGGAGAUGGAACGCCAGCACUGGGACCACGUGACCACCACCGACUUGGCCUACCAGGUUCGAGCACUGCGCAUGGUUCCCUGCUCGUUCGACGCCUCGCCGGAGAGGAACGUCGAGUCGUCCCCCGACACGGCCUCGUCGCACACCGACCCGCCGACGACUGCGAGCGACGGGCUGAAGCCGCACUGGAUGAGCUGGGCGCCGCUGGCCUCACCCGAGACCUUCUCCGAGAUCUCUAGCAUCUCAUCGAAAGGGAGCCAGCGUGGGAACGACGGUGGCGCGCUGCCAACAGGAUCCUGGUCCCCGAUCGCUUACAAGGCGGCGGACAGCACGAUGGAGCCGGAAACGCGUCACGAAGACGAGCCGCCGGAACCGGACGGGAGCGCCCCGCAGCGGCUGGUGACGAAAGCUACGGUCGAAGCCUGGCCCGCCUGGUUUUCCGACGUCCACCUGACACAUCCGGUUGCGACGAGCCCCACAAACAGCACGGCGAGCCUCCACCUCGAGUUCGAGACUUUCAAGAAACCCGCGGCGCAAGACAGUCUCCAGCGGCAGCCGGACGUCGCCGGAGCGUUGCAGAAGCGAUCGCCUUCUUCCGGUCUGUACAUGUCCGAGGGCGACGCCGUCGGCGGUGGUCACAAGGAACGCUUCUUCCCGCCGCGGGAACCGGUCAAGCACGUGACCUUUGACCUCUUCGCCGCCAGCGAGGGCUCUCCCCGGAAGGGCUCCUGGACGGGCCGUGCCGACUUACGCGAAGCCGGCGGAGCGGCGUUCCUCGUCGGGGACAAGCGGGGAGCAGCAGACGAGGAGGAUUCCGGGGACAGCAUGUACAACUCCGGCGAGUCGUUCCCUCCUCCUCCGGCGGGCCUCGAAGAGAGGCUUCAGCGUCCCGAAGCGGAGCCCUGCGCGGAAGACGAGUCCGCCGAACUGUUCGACGCGUACGGCUUCAACCCUUCCUGUUGCCACAGGGGCUCGCCACCCCCGCCGCCUCUUUCGACGGCGCUGGUGGUCACCACUAGUGACUCCGAGGAGGAGGACGAGAUGAGCAGUGACUCGGGGGGUGAGGCGACCCUGUUCAACGCCUCCAAGUUGGUGGUCACGUCUAGUCCCGCCAGGACAAAGUGCUUGACGAUUCCGCAGGCGGCCAGGCACGGUAACCGACCGCCCCCGAUGGAGAGUAGUUUAUAGUGGGUGUUGUCGGUUCCACAUCUCGCGGCGUACUUAUUGCGGCGAGAUCUUGCGCGUACGUUGUUCAUACGGUCCACGUGUUUUGAAGGCAGCGAUAGAAGGCCGAGGAAACGGUAAAGUACAUCUAGAAGGGUGCUAGUUGGCGUCGAGUUGUGUGUGCGGCCUAGGGCCUAAACAAGCUAAGCUACCUUUCGUUCAAAGUGUGUGUGUGUGUGCCAUAAUCGUUUUGGACGACGGAUGACUAACACGAUGUCAUGCGAAUGCUGCGCCGCUUUGAUGGCAUCGCGUUAUGUCGUGACACUCCGUGGUAUUGGAUUACGUGGGGAAGGCGAGGUGAUGAGGUUGGUGCCGUUUGUAUAGCGUCCUUGUCUGUUUGUGGUUUAUGUGAAUGUGUACUGUUGUUUUGUUCCUAGCUGGAUCGUUAGGUCUAAAGAACAAUGAUGAAGAGAGUGUUACAUUUCGCGGAAGUAUGUUUAAUUUCAGAAUGACGAACACGCCCAAGGACAGGAGUAUUCUUUCGACGCCUACAACCAACCUGCUGUGAGACGCGAUAACAAACGUGCAAAAUGUAGGUAUAUAGUGCUACAGAUGUCUGCCUUGGCACCUUUGCGUUCAAAAAAUAUCCGCAACAACAGUGAACAAAGCUUCGGUUUCUCAUUGCUAACAUCGUUAACGUACCAAACUCCAUGCCUGACAACGCGGAGUACUUGGGCACUGUGAAAACUUGGGUCAGUAUAGGUAGACAUGCCAGUAUUUACCUUGACGGACAUUAUUGGCUCUCAAAACAGCGGUUCACGAAAAGAGGGAGCCUGAGGUGAUGAGCAGUUGUAGAACAAGGGGCAUCGCCAGCUGUAGCCAAAUUUCUGAAAAAGGGGCCGCAUAAUUGACUACUUGUUUAACUUGGCGCAUGCGCGGUAAUACUAGAUGCAUCUCAUAUUUUCCUAAAGCAUCCUAAAAUCAGGAAUCUUAGCCUUCGAGCCGAUAUUCUACUGAACUGGAUCUUAGGUGGUUGUCAGAAAAGGCAACUUUACAGGCUGCAUGAAGUCAGUGCUAUACUGUCGCCCGAAAACUUGAGAAUACGGGGCAUAACCUUUGUGAGUUCAUUGCCUAUGGCUUCCAGUCAAACCUAGUCCAACGACAGCAAAUUGGAACCACUGCUUCGUAGUUGGGUGGUACAGCUCAAAUGUUCCCUGCCAAGUCAAGUAUCUUGCCAAAUUUCAUAGCAUUGUACCCCACUAGAAUCGUGUAGCAGUGCGAGGAUUGCCGUGCCAACUCGUAUUACGAUGCGAGGCUUAUGUGAUAUAACGCUUCAUUUUUAAUUGUGUUUGUUGCUGCGUUCUGUUUUCGAGCUGUUUAGUUCCACCAAUGUUACGCUGAAGCUGUCAUACCCUUUCCUAACAGCUGGAAAACUUUCUAGGGCAUAGCUGUAGUUAUUUCGCGUUUAGCUGUCUUAUCUCGACGUUUUAGUGAGCCGUUCUGUCAAGUAAUUUCCUGUCGAAGCGCCGUCGCCAAGAUUUGAAGAAAGACGAAGACAGAAUAGGAGAGAAACGUGAUUCUGUUACAUAUUUAUGAUCAUCAUCAUCGCCAUCAUCAUCAUGAUUGUACUCAGCCUAUUUUUAUGUCCACUGCAGGACGAGGGCCUCUUCCAUCGAUUUCCAAUUACCCACGUCUUAGGGUUAUCCGAUUUCAGCUUGCGCUUGCAAAAAAUUUCCUAAUUUUGUCACCAGAUCAAAUUUUCUGCCGUCCUCGACCACCCUUCUCUUGCCUUGGCACCCAUUCUGUAACUCUAAUGGUCUACUGGUUAUCUGCCCUACACAUUACGUGGCCUGCUCAGCACCAUUUUUUUUCUCUUAAUGUCAACUAAUAUAUCAGCUAUCUCUGUUUGCUCUCUGAACCACAGCGCUUUCUUCCUUUCUCUAUAUGUUACGCCUAGCAUUUUUUGUUCCAUCGCUGUUUGCGCGGUCCUUGUUCUCAAACUUCUCGGUUAGCCUCCAAGUUUUCACCUAUAUGUUAGCACCAGUAGAAUGCGACAACACGUACCCUUUUACUUUCAGUGACACUCUUAAGCUCCCAGUCAGGAGUUGGUAAUGCCUGCCGUCGCACUACAACCCAUUUUUAUUCUUCUGUAAAUUUCCUUCUUGUGAUCAGAGGUCCGUGUGAGUAAUUGAGCUAGAUAAACGUACUUCUGCACAGACACUAGAGGGUGAAUGGCGAUGAAUCAUUGCAGUUAUGAAUAAUCGCAGUUAAGCUGCGAUUACAUUUCAGUGAAUUACUUCUACGACUGCAUGCGCGUAGACAGUUUAAAUGCUUUAAUCAGUGCCUCGCUUCAGAUAAGCGCACACGUUAGUGGAAGAUAACUCAUUCUUGGCCUCAAUGAUCGGUGAUUACACGCAUGCAGACGCACAGCGCAGACUACAUUGCAUUUAUUUAAUGUUGCGGGCGAUAACGAGAAAUUGCGAAUAUAAACAGAUUUUGCAAUACCUAGAUCGAAGAAGGUUCAUGAUGGGGGCGAGGAGAAGUUUCUGCGACGCGACCCGUGGGGAGAUGGUUGGUGUCACGAACCGCUAUUAUUAGAUAACUUGAGCUUGUGCAUAAACGUACCUCUCCUAGAGGAAUGUAGGGUUACCGGUGACGUAAACGUAAGCGGGUGGGCUGGUGGCACUACCUGCCGGCGCAUUGUGCUACUAAAGGAGGCAGAGUUAUUCUCGCAGAAAGCAAUCAUCAUUAUGUUUAGCUUCUGGUGUAAAGUGUCGAAAGCAACAUGACCGUUACCGCGAAGCCCCCCCCCCCCUUUUCUUUUAAUUUUAAGUGAAAAGGAAGGCAAUGCUACACGGAAGUGUGUCUAAUACGUUGUGGCUGGACAAGCGGUCACAAGACGUCGUUGAAAGCGUUGUUGCUGUCAUCUACAUCUCCGAUAAACCAUUGUUUCACGAAGGGUUCUACGUUUACUGACACAGCAAAACUCUCUGCUGGUGUAAUUGCUCAUUUUGCGCUUUCACGUUAGAAGGUUGACACUCUGUAUGCAAGCGCCAAUAUUUAGCUGCGGUUACGUUUUUAAUCUGCCGAUUUUACCAAGCUUGCCUGUUGUUACGCGUGUUAUUAUUUUCUGCUUCUUUUGUACCCACCUUUACUUCCCAAUGUAUCCUGCCACAGUUCGCCUGGCGAAAGAGAAAAAAAAAAGCAUACGGUGAGAAAUGCAACGUCCCUAUUGAAAACCGCAUGUACUCAGUGUGCCCCAUAUCUGAUUUUCUGAAAUGGCCAUACGAGGUUUUACACAAAGCCCUCGUUAACACAUCGUGUUGAUAAACGCGGGCAUAUGAGGCGUAUCUUCAAAGAAAAUAUUUUGUUAUAAUGGUACCAAUGGCACCGGUCUUUGUGUUAAUAGGCGCAUGACCACGAAAUAACUCGGACUCAUGUUUUUCCUUGCAAUGCUCAAACGUUCUUUUGAAGUGUCGUCGAAAUUUACCUUUGUCUACACACUCUAGGCCCACGAAGUUUAAUAUGGCGCGUCAAACGCGCCCAUUUUCUCGCCAUAGCGAGAGGAACCAUUUUUGUAUGUAUUAAUGUCUGACGCUUUUGCUUUUCGCAAAGGACGUUUUCUCUGUAUAUAGAAAACUGUGUAAAAUAGUCGUAGUGAACUCCGGGCCACUUGGCACCGUUGCAUUCAUGUCGACGUCUAGGAAAUUCGGCCCCAAAACAAGCAGGGCCACUACUCUUCCCCCCUCCCCCGCCUCUUAUGGGUGCGACUAGCCAAUAAGCGUGCUUUCUACUGCUUACUGAGAGAGAUCAACCACACGCUUAACGAGCCAGAACUGUCCCGAUGAGGCACCUUUACAGGCCUAGACGCACUUCGCAAAAUCACUCUAUUUCCACAUUCCACAUGGCAACCCAAGCGACAAAAAGAAAAAGAAAGAAAGAAAACUUGUGAAGUACCAUCUUUCACAGUCAAAAAACCUAUCCGAACUGCGUACGAAGAUCGAAACACAGGAGUGUAAGGAUUUGAAAAUUUUGAAAAAAAUGGGCAUGCGAGAAUUUUGAAGUGAUCUUAUCACGAUAGGAGCUUGGGAUAUCAGCUCUGUGUAACAACGCGCGUUGAAGCUACCUGAAGAUUACUUAUAAAUUGAUGUUUUCAUAACGUAUCCAAUACAGUAGAAUAGAUGUCAACCUGCUCACUAGUCAACGUGCUUGUUCGGGCUGUGGCUUAGGUGUACCAACGAGUGUAGGUCAUAUUUUUCUGAUAAGAUAAGCGUAUCUCCGCUACAUAGGAUCCAGUGUGCAGCAGCCAUGUUCAGCUUGCCGAUGAAUUGCAUGUAGUGGGUAACUUUACUCUUAGGUGUCACCGCGUGGGAAUUUCCAAUUUUGAAGGAUCACGGUGGGUGCCGCGUAGUGAUGGUGCGGGCAAACUCCACUCCGAUGUCCCGAAUUCCUGAUCACGGGCCACACGACGAGAUAGUACACAUUCCUCAAGAGCACCGCCUGUAAAGGGUGUACGAGAUUUGUUCACGACGUAAAGGCUUUGUGAACUAAACAUGUCAUUCCAGGGACUAACCCAUUGAACCUACCGAAUCUUCGGCCCGCAGCCGCCUUUCUCCUCGGUGGUUACAUGUCGGGAAGAGCCGUGAACUUACGACGGCUGAUUAAAAUGUACAAAACCAAGGUCCCGUUUACUCCUCGUGCUCCUGUCUGAAAGUUGACCCCACUUUGCGUAGAUGUCCAGCGUAUGUAACCAGAAGGCUUUCUUUCAGCUUUGAAUGUGAAUGUACAGUGUUUUUCUCGCCGUUCAAUUUGUGAAGGACGCUAAAGUGGAUGCGGUUAGGCUGGAGUGGUAGGUACGGACGGCAGAUUUCAUAUAGAGUUCAGUCUCAACCGUCUGUGGAGGCAUUGUAAAUAUAGAAAUGUGUGAAAACGAACGGCGAGUGUUGACACCAGGCGACUUUCUUGAUUGUGCCCCGGAUUCGAAACUUCUGCGAUGUUGACAGCGUCUAGUGGAGGUUACGUGUUCGUUUAUUUGAUACAGUAUAGGCGCAUUUUUCGGUGGCACACAACUCAACCUCCUCUCACAGAAAAAGGAUGCAAAUACGCUGGAAGUCCUGCGAAAUUCUCGAGGCCACCAGGAAGCGAAAGGUUCCGCACUAUGUGCUUGAAGAUCAGAGGUUGGACACUGAUUCUCUCUGUUAAGUAGUCAUCCGGUAUCAAACAGGUGUACGGAAAGUUGUCAGAAGGUAACGGACCAAUCUAUGCUCAUCUAGUAUUUCUGUCUAGUGUGCCUCCAGUUAUCCGAAAGUACAUAGCCCUCACCCUGCGGUGGUCUUUGAUGGAGUGCGAUAGCCGAAGCGGCUUCCGGAUGACCCAUUUCCGAGGAAGAGUGUGUAGAGGAUCUUUGUUCAUUCAUACUGCGAUGGUAUGCUGAUGAAAAGUGCCGAAACUAAUGUAUGUUGUGACGAGUCGAAACCUAAUUGCUUGCCUAUGUUGUGCCCUUGAAGCUGUUUUUCGAUGAAUGAGACCUCUCGAUCGAAGCAUAAGAGGGCCUCGGACUCCAAAUCGGACACCAAAUCAGGCUAACCUGGUUGAGUGUUCUGGAACUAUCUCACUGGUUGUUUCCACACUGGGAAAGAUUACUUGUUUGGUAAGGAGGUAGCUACUCGAGGCCUGCUUUUGUUUUCUUCGCUGUCAUAAACGAUACCACUAAAGUUGUAAUUGAGUGACUUUGCAUUUUACGCCAUGUUUUCGCAGAUUUUGCCAACAUCAGGCAAAUAAAGUUAAGCCUCUACACUCAGAGCCCCCGACGUCACACAAUUUUAUCAAAGCCUCCUUGACAGCAAGUCUGCGGGCUCCGACCGUGACGUCAUACAAACAAGUCGGCGCUUUCAUUGCAAACCUUGUUUGUGAGUACAUCUACAUCACUUGGCUAAGGGACAUUCGCGUAUGAUUUACUCCGCCUGACGUCACCGCUAGAAGCACGUAUUCAGAUAGGCACUUAAGCUGUGUUGAAUAAAUUGGUGUUUCUACUGCAAGGCAUGAUAUGACGCUUGCCUGUUGCCAUCUGCAUUUGUUCGUGCAGGAUGUUGGCUCGCUUGCGUGACGUCACUACUAAGACCGCAAGUAAGCUGCGUUUUUCAUUUUGCGCAAACUGUGCUAACUUAUCUUUUUUACUGCGCAAAAAACAUGCAAAGGUUCUAGAAUGUUUCUUUUACUAGUUAAGGCAGUAAUUCUUUCUUAGGUUGUCAACAACUAACUCGCCUCGGUCGUUUCUAGCCGCAAUUCGUGAUGUCACAGAAGUAGCUUUCAAGACUCAAAUGCCACUUCGAAAUCUCUGGAAAUGCAAAUGUCUGGUCUUAGUGAAUGUGUACCCUUUCCUCUUACUAAUGUAACCCUUAAAUUUAUCGAUACAUAGCAUCUAACAUUUGAAUCGCUUCUUUACUUGUUCUAAAUGGGGGUCACAUCCUCAGCCUUAGAUCGUACCAAAACUAGACUACUGCUGCUACUUCUACUGCUACUACUGCUACUACUACUCAUUUUUCUGCGAAAGAUAAGUCGUUCCAACUAAUUAUUCAGGGAAUUGAUGCACGAAAGCACAGGUUCUUGUUUUUCAAGACGACAAACACACAAGCUCAGCGAAUCGGGGACAUGGUGUUGAUUUUAUGUCGCUAGAAGAAGACCAAAUGCUCCAAGGGACCGUACGGUGAGCAUCGCUAACUAGUCGACUUGUUGAAAGAACGAGCAAGUUUUUUGUACCGUCUCAGUAUGUGUGUGACGCGCGAGUCUUUUAAGUCUCAUGUGUGUAACAGCUCGGGGCAUAUUAGAAAAAUCUGCUCGGGACUCGUAGAAGAUCAAGGUUUUUACAAAAGUGUCGUUAUACCCUUCCUGUAGCACGACUCUGCAGCUGUUCAGCUUGAGCGCAGGAUUGGUCAAAGCUUUUUGCUUCUUGCAGUCGCUCGGCUGCUACGAUCAAUAAAAAAGUUUAUCCGACAAA